CACGUAGAAUGUUUAAUAGAAAGUUACAUAAUAGAAUAUUAGCUUCCCUUACAAUUGAAUAUCAGUAAACAUAAUUUUAAUUUACUUUCAUUUUAAAAAAUAACAUUGGGAACACUUAUACUGAGUAAACUUCACAUGGCCACACAGGUAGUGUUUACCAGUUAUAGGAGUACUGUUGAAUAACUGAGUGUUACUUCAGGGAUUAUAUUUGCUACCGUGCAGUACGAAUCAGAUGAGUUCAGUUAGACUAUAAUUAUAGCCUCAAAAUGAAGAACACUAAAUGGGCUCUUUUAUUGAGCAUCUUGGUCUAUCUACUUGGUAUAACAAAGGUAUGGACACAAACUGUUUGUGUUGGCGAAGAAAAGGGAAGCUGUAAUUUGAUCUGCAGUAACUACUCUAAGCUAAAUCUGUUAGUUGACAAAGCACAGAACAUUAUCGACAACACUACAAUCAUCUUUCUCCCUGGAAGCCACAGUUUGAGUGGUCUCAUUAUAUUUUCUGACAAGAACAAUUUGACUAUGAAAGGUGUUCAAUGUGGAGAAAAACAAGACCAAACAACUAAUUCACCUCCAAGCAUUGUGGUAUGCAGUGGAAAUCAGUCGGGAUUUCUCUUCACCAUCUCGUCAAAUAUUUUUAUAAACAACCUGGAGUUUCAAGGAUGCAGAGCAGACAUGAACCUUAAAAGCUGUGGAAAACACCAAAACGAUAGUUAUUUUUACGGCGGUGUCUUUUUCCAUUGCUCGUACCACAUUACAAUGUAUGGUGUAGUAAUCCGAGACGGCAAAGGAUAUGGCCUUCACAUGGACGACGUCUGUGGUGAUAUUUCGAUCACAUGCUCAAAGUUCAUUGGGAACAUGAAUGGUAAUGCUGUGCUCUGGUUUAGACAUUGUGCAGAUAAUAGAAAAGUCAAUAGCACUUUGACAGUAACUGCUUCUGAGUUUCGAAAUGGCUUUACCAACAAUAUACCAACAAUAACAAAACAAAGUGCAACUGGACUAUACUUGCUAAUCAAGCAACGCAAUACACAUGCUUCACUCGCAAAUCUCACAUUCAGCAACAAUACAGGAAGUUCUGGUGGAAACAUAGCAAUUAUUUUCAUCGAUUUUGCUGAGCAUACAGGCUAUGUUUCUAUCGAAAAUACUACAAUUGAAAGUGGGGCAGCUAACGAAUCUGGUGGAGGAAUGUUUAUUUGGUUCGAGAAAGAUUCAAUACAAGAUUUGAAUGACUGUCAGAACAAAUCAUUGCUGUAUACGGUCGUAACCGUAACCAUAACAAAUUCAACAUUCAAAAACAACAUUGCAAAGAGUGGAGGUGGCCUAGUGCUUUCAUACUAUGAGAGAAAAGGUGUAGGAUGCACAAAUAGACUAGUGGAGAUAAAUCACUGCACGUUUGAAAAUAACACUGCUAUUAAAGGAAGUGCUAUGGAGAUUUCAAAACACAACGUCCCAAUUUACGAACUUCACAACGUCCCACAGUUUACAGUAAUACUGAGUAAUAGCCACAUUAAAAACAAUAAGUUGACACCAAAAUAUGGCCAGGAUAAUGAAGAUGGAAUUGUGGAAGUGUUUUCAGUUGCAACUCUCGUGAUUCAAAACACUGUCUUUAGUAACAACAGUGGCACAGGUCUCAUGCUUGUUAACAGUGGAGUGCGAUUCAAAGAAAGUAUUACAUUCGAAGGGAAUUCAGCCCGCUAUGGUGGUGCAAUCAAGAUUUGUGACUCGUCACAAAUGUACUUUUACAAUGAUACACGAGUUACUUUUACUGAUAACACAGCUGAUCUUGCAGGGGGUGCAAUAUACGCAGGAAAUCAGUGCCUACAAGAAAUCCCACCUUGCUUUUUUCAGAUACCACCAUCAAUUUUUAACAUCACAGACAUGCCUAAGGGGAUACUGCACUUCGAUGGUAAUCGUGCAGGAAUUGCUGGCCAUGCCAUAUAUGGUGGCGCAGUGGACAAUUGUUUUACAGACCACAAAUUGCGUUUCAAUCAAAGCACUGAAGAGAGUUACUAUUACUCCUUCGAGCUAUACAAGCAAAUAUUCAAUUUUUCUGACCCUAACGAACAGUCAAAAGUCACCUCAGAUCCAUAUGGUGUUUGCAUAUGUGAUGUUAACGACACACUACAAUGCUCAAACAGAACAAUAUUUAUUAAACCAUAUUAUGUGGGACAGGAUUUUUCAAUUUACGUGUCAGCAGUAGGUCAAACAAAUGAUAAAGUACCAUCACGUUUAAAAGUAGAAAGUGAUAAAGGACAUGCCAUGAUGGCACCAGCAAAUGCAAGCAUAAAUCAGUCAACAGCUCUGUGCCAAGAAAUGAAACUGAAAAUAAUAGCUGGAGAAGAAUUAAUCGAUCAAACUAUAAGCCUCAAAAUAGGUAUAUUUAAAGCGAACUUAGUCAGUGAAAGUUCAAACUACUAUAAAAUCCCAAAAUUGAUAGUAAACGUCACACUGCAGUCUUGUCCAUUUCUUUUUCAACUGGAUAAUAAAAAUUCGUGUAACUGCCAAACACCAUUAGACCUUGUGCCGAGGGUCGUAUGUGACAUUGACACAAAAACGGUUACCAUUAAAGGCAAUGAUGAUAUGAACCACCCAGACAGAAAAAUAUGGAUUAGCUGUGAUAUUAUUAACAAAACAGGUAGAUGUGAGAAAAUAGAAGCUAGUAAAUAUUGUCAGGUUGAUCAUUGCUCUAAUGGAAGUACUCUGAAGCCUGGGAAGCAGGACCUUAGCAUGGUCUGCAAUAAGGGUAGACAAGGGAGACUAUGUGGCAGCUGUCAGUCUAACUACACCCUCUCUCUUGGAGUUAUGUCGUGUGUUGAUACAGAAAGUGAAUGUAAUCAAUGGAUAACAGUUGCACUAAUCUUUGUUUUUAUACUCGCUGGAAUUUUGCUCAUUUGCUUCUUGACCAUAUUCAACUUCACUGUUGCUGAGGGAACAGUGCAUGGGCUUCUCUUUUAUGCCAAUUGUAUGCACGCAAAUUCUCAAUCGUUUUUCACAUCUAGUGAUAAGACUUACGGUCUUGGAGUAUUCAUAUCAUGGCUGAACCUUGAUUUUGGUUUCAAUUUAUGCUUCUACAACGGAAUGACUGCGUACCAAAAGAUCUGGCUGGAGUUUGGCUUCUUGAUCUACUUGCUACUGCUGGGAGUGAUGAUCGUGUGUUUGAGUCGCAGGUUUGUGUGGUUCACUCGACUAGCUGGUCGCAAUGUAGUCCCCGUGCUCGCUACCAUCAUACUGUUUGCUUACCCAAAACUGGUUCGAAAUUCCAUAAAAGUAUGGGAAUGUCACGAUAAUUAUUUGUCUUCUGACAAUCACACCCCGUUGGUAUGGUUCAUGGAUGAAACGUUAUAUUGCUUCGUUGGGAUUCACUUAGUACUAUUCCUUUUUUCACUAAUUUUGUUCACCAUAGCAUCUUGGUACAUGCUGUGCCUCCUGCUAAUACAGUGCCUGCAGAAAAGAUCAAAUUGGUUUGUCCUGAGGUGGGUCAACAAACUAAGGCCGUUCUUUGAUGCCAACACUGGUACGUAUCAUGAUCACAAUCGAUUCUGGCCAGGGCUGCUUCUCUUUGCUAGACUGGGACUGUACUUAGCAUUUUGGCAUGCAGAUAGCUAUAGAAACAAGGCAAAUAUCAUACUCGCGAUAUGCACAUUUCUUUUUUUUCUAGCUUGUGUCUUCCCACGUGGAGUGUACAAAAAAUGGCCUUUGAAUAUUUUGGAGUUUUCUUUCAUCUUCAACCUUGGAUUAGCCUUUGGAGCUGUUGCAGCACUACCUGAAUAUCCUGAAUUAAGAAAAGCUAUUGGUUACACAUCGAUAAGUAUAGCUGCUUUCACUUUCUUAUUAAUAAUCGGUUUUCACAGCUACAAGAAAGUUAGUGCGACUAGAAUUUGGAGAAGAAUUGUUGCAAGGAGAAACACGAGAAAAAACAGAUUCAGAGCCGAGCAAAAUACUGAGAGUGCACAAGACGAGAAUGAACCUUUGAUUCAGAAUCAGAGGUUGCCAAGAGUAAUUCAGUUUGCAACUCCAAGGGAGCCUCUUCUGGAAGAUGACUAACAUUUACAAACACAUUAGUUGCAGUCAGUGUAAACUUAUCAGUUUGUGCACGCAUAUAUAGUAAUAAUUAUACGUAAUAAUCAACACUGUUGUUAUUGAAAAUGUAUAUAUAUCGUGCAUUG